CAUUGCAGGACGUGAGGAUGUGAUUGUCCAAUGCGGUGCUUUCUCUCUCUCUAAAAACCCCCUUGGACUUAAAUGCACUCCAGACCGAGUGAUGGUCAAGAUAAGUAGCUAAAAGCCAGAAAUUAUCGACACAUCAGAAGAUCCACAGGAUUCGUCACAGUGCACUUGCAACAAAACAUAACUGCAGUUCCUCUAUUUUGACGUCGGUAUAUUUGUGGUGAAAUUUAUCACGAAUAUGCUUCAGACGAACCACGGAAUGAGUAUUCCUGCGCUGGUUCCGCCGCGAUUUGAAGAGCCAAACUACGGGAUGAACACAAGUUCUCCAAGGCCACCACCGUUCUCGAUGUGUCAACCCCAUGCGUCCAACUCACUCGUUCCGUCUGCGCGAGUCUUGCAAGAGGUCCUGUACUCUAACGAGAUGAAUUACCCCAGUUAUAUGCCUGAUAUGCCCAACAACCAAAGCUUGCCUCUUCCAUGGAUGUCUUCUUGGCAUCAGAGACAGAAUCUGCCAUACCUCGGUCACCCUCGCCCAGGUAAAAGCAUCGUUGUGCUUUUCUACUUGAUUACGAACGAGCGCGUGUUAAGAAAACCUGUUUUGAGUUGAUCAAACGCACUGCUCAGAGAGACAUCCUGGUUUCAUUUGACGCGCUUUAAAAACUUAUCAAUUCAUUUGAACUCGAAAUGCUCGUUAAUAGUUGUCGUAGUUUUCAUUUAUGUGUUUAUAAAACUUCUUUGAGUAUUUGCAUAGCCUUUGCAGUAUGUUUGUUUAUUUUCGAUUCACACUUAGGGACACCCUAAGUCAAACACUGCUGGUGUAAAUUAGCCGUUAGAAAUGGCACGCGCAGUGUAACCUACAAUUUGAGCGCAAAUUUCACUAGCCACAUUAGCACUCGCAAACAAUUCGGCUGUCGCAGCUAUCUUGCAAUCGUAAAACAGCAAAAGGAUUCGUUUAACCUCCAAUAAACCCCGCUAUUGAUGUAUACGUUAGAGAGCGGUUGGCGACGCAGGCGACAAGACAACCGUAAACUAGCGUCAAACAGGAAUUGUUAGAUGGAAUAUUUAAACAGUGAUAGCCGGCUGUGGAAUCUCGCCAGCGUGCGCAAGAAUUGUAUCGUUCAAAACUGAUUGACAACUUCAUCAAAGUAGCAAGCGUUCGAACUGAGCAAUUAUCGUGAAAAGGAAUGAAAUGAAGUCACUUUGCGGUCCUUCAAAAUACUAUUAAGCUGAGAAGAUCGAAAACUAAACUAUACUUUGAGAGUCGUCAUCGAAAACCGCGCAGCGCGCUGUGAGUUUAGGAUCGGGUUUUAUCAGGUUAUCGGGCACGAAAUCUUUGGUCUGUAUUUCUUAAUUCCAAGGGAUAUCUUUUUCCUCACCAAUUAUACGGCUCACUUACAAUUUCAUAAAUUGAGCAAGUUUACAAAAUAAGACACAGGUUAACUUGCCGCCCGUCUGGGUCUCAAUAAGAUCAGCUUUUGUGAGGGGUUUUCAGCGCGACUUUAGAAAUAGCCCAGCAUUUAUCUCCCCUUUAAAUGAAUUCCUUUUUAUUUUAAUAACCAAGGUCAGUUAUUACCAUGAAUGCACUCUGUGAUUAAUUUGCUUGGCAGUAAAACAAAGAAAAUAAAUGUUUAGUUUUAUCGACGUCAUAUCAAUCUUCUAUGCGAUUUGAACUUUGUUAAUGUGGGAGUUUUGCAGUUUCAUUAAUCCGCCCUCUCAAAACUCAGCUAUUAAUAAAAUUGUUCAACAAUUCCUGACCGGAAAAGGUAAAUAAACAACUUGUUUCCGGGCUUGAGAUAAAACAGCUCUUGAGUUUAGAGUGCCAAAAGAAAAUAUACGCAGAAAUCACGAGGAACGUGCUCCACAAACCAACUUGAAUUUCAUUUCAGGGGAAUUUUAAUGGUUACGCAACGCAAACUGAAAAAAAGAAUGCAUUCAACGAAAACUCUGAAACACUAUCUCUUUCAACAAGCGUAUUUUUCUUUUUUUUUUUUUUUUUCGACAGGAGACUUUUACCCUUAUCCUGAAUAUGGUGACAUGGAUGAAUCAGGCAUGUAUCCCCCAAAGAAGAAACGGGCACGAACAACCUUCUCGGCAGAGCAACUCAAGCGAUUAGAGAAACGCUUCGUAGGUAAUCACUACAUCGUCGGAGAAGAACGACAGAGAAUCGCCAAAGAAUUGGACCUGUCCGAAGCGCAGGUCAAGGUUUGGUUCCAGAAUCGAAGGAUAAAAUUCAAGAGAGACGAAGAACUCGAAAAGCUUGGGAAAAGCAAAAAGCGUAAAGGGGAACAUCAUGUGCGAAAAUGGCAACUAACAACACGGCAUUUUGGACCCGAAACGGACACGCUAUUCCACAGCGAUUACGAUAAUACCUCUAGAAAGCAUAAUUAGACUCAAUUUGUUCUUUAGAGCACUUUACAAGAUAAGCAGAAACGCGCUGAAGGCUCGAAGGAAAAUUAAUUUAAUACCAAAGAGGUUGGUACCGCCGCGCUAAUGUCUUUUCCAUCCAUUCGGAACACUGACCACUAGCUGCGAAACUCCAAAUUUUGUGAGCAUAUUGCUUCAUGGCGAAUUGAAGUACACUACUUCCUCUCUCUCUCUUGUAAAUAUUUUGUUAGUGUUAAAUAGAAGAGUUUAUAGGACACGAAAUCAACUAUUAGAAGCUAUAAAGGCCGAUUAGAUGACUCACGCUCCGGAACAUCUGUAACAACUUUCGUAAUGACCGUAUAGGCCUCUAAUGUUUUCAAGAAAUGUCAAAGUCUUUGGAGUUAUUAACGGCUUUUUAAGGUGAACAGAUUAACACUGGUUUCGCUGAUGCGAUAGUCUCUACAAACAGCUUUUACUCCGUAUGAACUUCCCGGAUAAUAUGCCCUAAUGAUAACUAAUUAUAUCGUUCAAUAAAUGUCCGUAUCACCGGCUAGUGGAGGCAAUGGAACAACAACAAAUGUAAUCUGUCAUAGGUGCUUUUCCUCAAGUGGCCUUAAAAGCUUGGUAAAUCUGUGCUUAUGUUCCAAUUGUACAUAUUUCAAAAGUAUUCUGUAGUUAGAUUCAAUACCAAAAACAUUUAUGCGUUUACCGCAGCUUUGCGCGCGGGAAAAGCUUCUCAAGAGUCAUUGGAUUUGCGUGAUCUCGGUUUAACCGCAAUUUCCAUGUUAUUUAUAACAUACAUGUUUAUUCCACAAAUAAAGAAGUUUACAAG